GUUUCCCAAGAAGAACAAUGUCUCUCUAACUGUGUUAACAGAUUUUUAGAUGUUAAUAUCAGAAUUGUCAAAGGUUUGCAAAAUAUCCAAUAA